CUUCAUUCUCUUUAACCUCAGUUUCAUUCUUGAAAUAGCAAAGCUGUUUCCAUCAGCUGUUAAACUAUUUCUGGUCUGAAAUAGCACUCGCCACGUGAUAUUUCCUCAAAACUAUCAGACCAAUCAAAACAGCUCACAGCUCUAAAACGUCCAUUCAGGUCACACAUGGGGCCUCUUUUACUACUGAACAGAUAAGAGAUCAGAACAUUAGAUCUCACUGUCUCUCUGUCUAAACAGCAACAAUGAUCGGAUUACUUUUCACUCUUUGCCUCUUUGUAACUGUGAAAACGGCUGACAUCGUUGAUCUUCAAGUACAAACAGUGAGGCGGGGAGACAACACGACAAUAAAAUGUGAUCAAAAACCAGCCAAAGAUUUAGUUUGGUAUCAACAGAGUUUAGGAAAACUGCCUCAGUACAUCGUUAGAUCAUUUGUGACCAAAGAACCAAACUCUUCUGAAAAAGUAAACUACAGAUUUGGUAACACAUUAAAAAACAGCCACUUCACUGUGGGUGAAGAGAUGUUUGAUCUCAGCAUUAAUGGAGUCAAAGAAGAAGAUAUAGGAAUAUAUUUCUGUGGAAAAGGACAGACAAAUACUUUAGAGUUCAUAUCUGGAACCCUUUUGCUGUUUGCAGAUGAGAAGACUGACCAUCAUCCUCCACCUGAAUCUGCUAUCAAGAAUGAAGAACCUGUUAAACUCCAGUGUUCAGUACAAGCAGUUACUCUGAGCUGUUCAGGAGAACACAGUGUGUACUGGAUCAGACAUGGAUCAGGAGAAUCUCAUCCAGGAAUCAUCUACAUUCAUCCACACACCAGAGAUGAGUGUGAGAAAAGCUCUGAGACUGAUUCUCCUACACAGAGCUGUGUCUACAAACUCCCCAAGAGAAACCUCAGCCUCUCUGAUGCUGGAACUCACUACUGUGCUGUGGCUGAAUGUGAACAUGAAGCUAAAUCUACUGGAAAAGAAAAUAACGUCUGGAUUGUUGCUGCCUUGAUUACGUCCAUCGUGAUAUCCAUUAUUGUGAUUAUGGCUCUGACUGUUAUGUAAAAAAAAAGGUCAGCUUUAAUGUUUAUAUUGCUGUUAAGUGUUAAAAAUAUUGACAAAUAUAGACUCACUUCUAACUGUAUUACUGUUGUUUGUAUUUAUUCUAAUCGUGCUUGUU